AUGAUUUUCAGGAGAGAUGAAGUCGUCGCAAUUGGAGCCGAGCUCACGCGUUCGAACGUUGACGUUUACCUCCAUCGACCGACGUCCGCCGUGCCAUCUGUCCUCCCUGCCAGCAGAACUGCUGUUCCGAGAACGACCAGAGCCUCCGAACCACAAGACACCUAUUCAAAUCAUCUACUACUCCAUAGAAAAUCUACUCUAAGCACCAUGUCUGGCUGGAUGUUCCUUUUUGCUGUUCUCUACUCAGCUGCUUUGCUGUUUGGGAUGGUGUUCUUCAUCAUCAUGUACUCUGAUCUGGAAAGCGACUACAUCAACCCUAUCGACUUUUGUAACAAGCUUAACCAGUUCGUCAUCCCAGAAUAUGGCGCACAUGGCUUCCUUGCGCUGAUUUUCCUGCUCACUGGGGAGUGGACGGCCCUCCUCUGGAAUCUGCCGCUAUUGGCUUGGAACAUCAACAAGGUGGUCAACAAAACCCACAUGUUCGACGCUACCGAGAUCUUCCGCACUCUGCCACAGCACCAGAAGGAGGCCUAUUUCAAGACGGGAUUCUACUUGUUCUCUUUCUUCUACUACCUCUACAGGAUGAUUGUUUCGUUCAUUGCGGAAAGCGAUGUUUAA